AUGUCAAAUAGCAAUAAUAAUAUUAAUAACGAUAGCAAAGAGGUUUUACAUAAUUAUGUAUCAAACAAAUUAACGAAUCAACCAUUUAGCUGUCAAUGGAUACCCAGUUCAUGCUCAAUAGUGACAGUUGGUAAAAAGGCCAGCGGAGGUAAUGUUAAAGGAGAGUUUAAAAUUCAUCAAUUGGAUUUUGAUUCGAAUGAAACACCAAAAUUAUCAUUAAUAUACGAGAAUGAAUUCUCGAAUCCAUUUAGAUGUUUAUCAUUUUUUAAUGGUGGUAAUGAUAAUAGUAAUAGAAAUUUUGCAGCAGGUCAUUUUAAUGGAUUUUUAACAGUAUGGGAUUCAGAUAUAUGCGAUUUACCAAAAUUAACAAUUAAAACAACACAUUUGGAUGGUAUAGUUUCAAUUGACACAUUUUCAGAUAAUUUGGUGGUCUGUGGUGGAAAGGAUGGGAGUGUAUCAGUUUGGGAUAUAAGAUCACCUUUAAAAUCAAUUAAUACAUUUACACAAGACGACAAAAGUAAUUGUUGGUCAAUAUGCACAAACGAUUCAACAUUAAUUACAGGUUUUGAAAAUGGUAAUUUAAAUAUUUAUGAUUUAAAAACACAAUCAAAAAGGCAAUCCUCUUCAAUAAACGGUGGAAUUUGCUCAAUAUCUUCAAAGAAUAAAAUAAAUAUAUUAGAUGAAUUUAUAAUUACAACAAAUAAAUCAUUUAUAUCAAUUGUAAAUAAUAAUAAUAAUAAUAAUAAUAAUACUUUAAAUUUCAACAAUAUCGAAAUUAAAAAUAAUCAAACUAUAUGGUCAUGUUCUUAUUCACCAUUUAAUAAUAAGGACGAAAGUAUAUUUUCAAUAGCCCAAGGAGAUGGUGUUGUCUCAAUGUACAAAGAUCAAGGUGUUCUUGUUGAUAAGGUCCAAAUCUCAGACUCUCCAAUUAUUUCUCUUGAUUAUAAUAAGGAUAAAAGAGGGUUAAUGUGUUCUUUAUCUUUAAAAAAACAGGUUUCAAUUUUGAUAUGCCCUUUAUAA